UAGUUCAACCAAUUUUUGCUGAUACGAAAUUACGGAUAUAUGUUUUCUUUUGGGAGGCGCAGCUUUUCAUAUGACAAUGCGGCAGAAGCAAAUUACUCGUGCAGGGAGAGAAGGAAUGAGAUGAACAUGGCGGUGGAGCCGCCGUAUGUUUGAGUUGAAUAAGUAGAUCUGCAAUGGGCAUGGCUACAGUUCGUCAGUGAACAUGAAUUUCGCCGUCCUUUAAGGGCGUGUUUGGCUGUUUACCGUUGUUGCUUGUUCAGCUAUUACUAGGUAGGGAGUAGUAGUGUUUUGGAUGGGUUGCAACGGGUCAAAGGCGGUUGAUACGGAACUGGUGAUCCGUUGCCGGGAGCGUAAAGAUCUUAUCAAGGCCGCCGCAGACUACCGCUACGACCUCUCCGCCGCACACGUCUCGUACUUCCACUCCCUCAAGGACGUUGGGGACGCCCUCCGCCGCUUCGUCGACGAGGAGCUUGCCGCCGCCUCUUCUUCUUGUCCGUCGUCACUCUCCUCCCCCUCAUUGAUUCUUCAUUCCCAUGAGCGCAAGCUCGGCGCUGAUGGGGGUGGCGAUGACACGGCUAUAAAAAGAAAAGGAAAGAAACCUAGAGAGUCAUCUGGUGGUAACCUGAGCCCUAGUCACUGUGACUGUGAUGGCUGCGGAAAGGAAUCGCAUUUUUGUCUGUCCUCGGAUACGUCUGAUGACGACGAGCAUCUGCAUUUGCACAAAACUAGUCAAAGUAAUGGUCAUUUGCACAUAAAUGAAGAUGAAGGGCAUUUGUCUCCGUCUUCCCCUUUCCGUCAUCCAGAUUUGCCCAUGGGGACUCAGGGACCGUACGGAAUGAUGGAUCAAGAGGCCCCUCCACAAAUGGGAUUCUGGGACCCUUUCUAUAGCUUCAAUGCCCCUUUCAAUGGGCAGUUUCGGCCCUCUUAUGGAGGAAAUUCGAAUACAUAUGCAUUUUACAUGAAGAGAUAUACCACGGGGACGAAGACAGUAAUUCAUGAUGCAGAAGCUGCUUCGUCCACUGGAUAUUCGAAUGAGUACUGGAGCUCCUCUUAUCAGAAUGAGCCCGUCUCUUUUGGAUAUCCAGCAGCAGGGCCAUAUGACGGUGAGAGUAGGAGGGUUCAGGCUAUGAAGCCUACACCUCCAGAGGAGACUCCACCUCCUCCUUCCUCAAAUGCAUCUGUUUGGGACUUUUUGAAUCCGUUUGAUGGAAUUGACCAGGGGUACUCGAGUUACGUGCCUCAUGGAAGCCAUGUGUAUGGAUCGAUUAGUAGCAGUCCUGAUUCGGAUGAAGUGAGGAAGAGGGAGGGGAUUCCUGAUUUGGAGGAUGAAACAGAAACCGAGAUUUUCAGGGAUCAACCUAAAGUAAAAAAGAUGAAUAAUGAAUUUAAGAAAAAGAGGGCAGGAAAGGGGUCGUCCGGUUCCAGUGCAGUGCCAUUGCAAAAGGGUGGUGCUGGGGUAGAGCAAUCACAGAAAAGCAUGGCCCGCAGAAAAUCAACUGAGUACACUGAAGACUACUUUGCUACAAAGCCAACUAAACCCAGUGCGGGUACUCCAAUUUUGGAAGGUUCACCAUCUGAAAAUGGUGGGUGCUCUAUCUGUGAUGUAGGCUCAGUUGAUGUCUCGGAGGGCAAGGCCAGCUCUGACACCAUUGCAUCAAAGAGCCCUGAAGAUAGUAACGUGAAGGCAAAAGGAGUGACAUUUGAUGUAGAUCAUGAAUUUGUAUCUUCAAAGUUAAGUAGUUUGAAUAAUACACCUGCACGUGGAACUAGAGAUCUUCGAGAGGUUGUUGCUGAAAUCAGAGAUGAAUUUGAGAUUGCAUCAAGUUUUGGGAGAGAGGUAGCUGCGAUGCUUGAGGUUGGAAAGCUGCCUUACCACCCUACACUCAUUCAAGGGCUCAUUUCCAGGAUUUUGCACUCGAUUGUUCCUUCAUCUUCAACUUUGUACACACAAUCAGUAAGACUAGAUUCAAAAUUGGCAAAAUCCUACUUUGGGGACGGCGCCCCAGGGGUCAGUCUGAAGGCUUUUUACCUUUCAUCUACAUUGGCCCAGCUAUACGAAUGGGAGAAGAAACUUUACAAAGAAGUAAAGGUGGAAGAACAAUUGCGGCUUGUAUAUGAAAGGCAAUGCCGGAAGCUAAAAGUUUUGGAUGAGCGAGGAACAGAGUCAAGUAAGAUUGAUGCUGUUCAGGCUUCGAUUAGAAAAUCGCUCACAAAACUCAACGUUUCUUUAAAAGCAAUUGAUUUUAUUUCAAGUAGGAUACACAAUUUAAGGGAUGAAGAAUUACGACCCCAAGUUACAGAAUUAGUUGCUGGGUGAGUACACAUGAGACUAUUCCAUUAGUCUCAAUUCGGAGUAGUUAUUUGCUUCGUUUCCAUGUAUGUAACUUGAUGAACUUUAGCCCAUUGCCUUUCACUUUUAUGCUUAUUGAUUUUGAUGCAAUUGUUUUUAUUUUAGAACUUAUCUCAUAUCAGGCUCAAUAUCAAAUUACUAUAUUAGCUCUCUCUUUAAUGCUAGUUGGCAUUGUAACCAGCAGUACUAGUUUCCCCUUUUCAACAAUUAGCUCUAGAAGUUGGACUUUAUCCACACCCUCUUUCUACUACUUCCUUGCUAUCAUUCAUAAGAGGGCAUCUAUAGGCUGCUUUCAAGACCCCCAUACUCAUGUUGUUCUAGCAUCUCUUUGUUUUUCUUCCAUUAGUUUUACAUGCAACGUAUUCAUCCUUCUUAGUCUCAUCCUCUUCUUUGUAUACUUCAACAAGUGAUAGCAUUCUCAUGUUUACUACUUGACAUUUUUAAUGAACUAUUUAUAUGUUUUUGGUCAUAUGUUUUAACGACAGUAAGGCCUUUUUGGAAACAGCCAUUCUACCCCGCAAGCAGGGUGAGAGCAGUAUGGUCAACUCUUCAACCUUUUACAUAUUUCAACUUUUUCCUUUUUCUUCAAAGUUAAUCAGUUAAAGUUUGUUUAUUUCAUGAAUGAUUAGUUGCAGUUGUCAUUUUUGUAGUUAUGAUGUGAAAUGAAUUUCAUAAUCCAUAUCUCUUCCUAGAAAAUCCCCUCUUCCCUGCUUACCCAAAUUAAUACUUUAAUGUAAUAUUCUAAUUUUACCUAAAUUGUUUUAACUGACAGCCUGAUAAGUAUGUGGAGAUCCAUGCUUCAUUGUCAUCAGAAGCAGUUCCAAGCAAUUAGGGAGAGUAAAGUGCGUGCUCUGAAGGCAAACACUGGGUGCCAUGCAGAUUCCGCUUUGAGAGCUACUCAUGAACUUGAAUUGCAGCUUCUCGCGUGGUGCAGUCGCUUUAAUCAUUGGAUUUGCACUCAGAAGUCUUAUGUUGAGUCCUUACAUGGGUGGCUUCUUAGGUGUCUUUUUUAUGAGCCAGAAUUAACUCCUGAUGGACCUAUCCCCUUUUCACCUGGCCGUUUGCAUGCACCUCCAAUUUUUGUAGUUAUUAAUGAUUGGAAUAUGGCAAUGGAAACCAUUUCUGAAACUCGAGUGGCGAUGAGUAUGAACAGUUUUGCUUCAAACUUGAGGAAACUAUGGGAAAGACAAGGCGAGGAGCAACAUCAGAGGCUUAGGGCUGAAUAUCUUUCAGAGGAUUACAAGAGACGACUAAAAAUGCUCAGGAUGGAGAAAGAAAGAAUGGAGCAUGAUGGAGAUGCGGUGUCACAUAAGACUGGGGACUCGAUGGCUCCAUCUGCAAAUGGGGGUUCACCGUUGGAUGGUAAAAAAGUUGACUUAGACAUGGUCCGGAAGAGGUUGGUCGAAGAGAAAGUAAAACACAAGAAUACUUUAAAGCUGGUACAUGAGGCAGCUUCAAAUAGUUUACAAGGCGGUUUGCUCCCGAUUUUCAAAGCUUUGGAGAAUUUCACAUUGGAAGCUGUGAAAGCUCAUGAGCAAAUCAGGUUACACUAUCUUAACCAAUGAGCUCUGAAUGGAGUAUUUAUUAGUGAGCUAACUGAAAGCCGAUCUAACAUCUACCUGAAGGUUUUGUACAACUUGGUGGAAUAGGGAAAAUUUCUAAGUUUAUAGUUUUUUUGUUGCAGAAUUCUUCAUAGUUCUCUAAUCUCUCUAACCUGGUCGCUAGGCAAGUUGUACAGUGAUUAAGUUUAUUCAUUACUAACUGGGAUCUUAUUGAUCAAAUAAUAUUCAGCGAAAUAUGUGAAAAUUUUGUUUUGGCGGUUGAUGGAUGAAUAACUCUUAUGCAGUUCAUUUUUGGGCGCAAAAAA